AUGGGGAAGAAGAAGAAACCGAAAUUAGACGGGAAUCCGGUUCCUUCGGAGUCGGACUCAGACGAAAAUGAAACCGAUAAGUAUAAGCCCUAUAAAAUUGAAAAUUAUUGCAGGCAAUAUCCUGAGGACGGGGGCAACUUCGAAUACCUUGUAAUUUACGAAAGUACUACAGAAUCUAAGCCCAUUGGUGAUAGGGAUCUCAUGUCCCUGGGUACUGUCCUUAAACGACACAAUAAGGGGAUCAAACGAUUGAAACGAAUUAAUGGAUACAAAGUUGCUGCCAUUAUUGAGCGACCGGGCUUAGCCAACAUGGCUUUAAACAAUACCAAAUCCCUUUCAGAGCUCCAAAUCAAGUGCAAUAUACCGGCCACUCUGACAGACAGACCCCUCUUUCCCCCGCGAUUCACAGGGACCCCCCUCAGAUCAAUUACAAAGUCCAUAGUUCCUGUCAGAUCACCAAACGAUAACCAAUUAAAUUAUUACCAAAAAACUUAUAUACUAAAUUCGAAUAAAUUUAGUUACUAUACGAAAUUUAUUACUGACUACAAUCCUAACAUGCGCGAAGCUAUUCUACUCUCGCCCAAAAAUUUGGCUUUCAGACUUCAACAUGCUUAAAUAAAUUGAAAUACAUAUACGGACUUAACCU